GCUCCCGCCGCCCGUCCCCAUGGCGCUGAAACGGAUACAGAAAGGAAAGAAAACAAUUCUACUAGAGGGAUUUGGCCAGCAGCCUAUCUCUGGAGAAGUAGAAGAGGAAAGGGAAUGGCAAGGAAAUAGGAACUGAGUGAUUUGCAGCGAGACCCACCAGCCCACUGUUCCGCUGGACCUGUUGGAGAUGACUUGUUUCAUUGGCAAGCAACUAUUAUGGGACCUGUAAGUAUAUGAACUGUGCCCCUUAAAAUGUAAGACCUUGCUUUUCUUUUUGUUAUGGAAGACUUAAUUUAGGUUUCUGUAAACACAGCAGCCACAUUCAGCUGUGCUGUGGAUACAUUGAAACUUUAGGGUAUUCUUGUUGUUAGCAGUCUGGUAGCAGUUGCUUUCUGUAACUCUUCAAAAAUAGAUCCUCUUCAUUAAGUCAGAGGUGCUUAAUUAGUCASGUGUUUGAGUUGGUGAUGGGGGCUACAAGGCAAAGAGCUUGCUUUUCAUAGAUGGUCAGAUCAGUUCUGGAAGAUUCAUAGGUUCAUCCUUCUUAAAAGAGGAAGAGUGGGUAAAAUCUAAUAUUAAAGCUGGUAACUGUAAACACGAGCAGAGUUGCAGGGGGUAAUUUUUGGGCUUUCAGAUGGAACUUAUUUUAUUUGAUAGCUGUGAUGUGGUUCGGACAAAAGUAUAUAUGGCUUUUUCAGACUGCAGCCCAGCAGUGGGUGCUUUUGUUGGCUUUUGUGUGAGAAAGGUGCAUUCCUUGAGUUGAGGAAGUUCCAACUCUUGUCAAGGUAAUGACAUAAGAAAUGACAAAAAGGCUUAAUACCAGAAGGUUUUAAAGGAAAACUGAGAAGAAUUUUAGAAAAAAAAAAAAAAAAGAGAGGAGAGCAAUGAGCACAGAUGAUCGGAGGGAAGGUGUGCUUUUUAAUAUCCUGGUAAGGAGUUUUUAUUCCUAGUGUUUUGCUUUUGGAUUUAAUAAUUUGGAAAUAAGAGUCUCUAGUUUGGACAGUGAGCUAAGUCAUUGUGCAAGAUGAAAUUCUGAAAUAAUAUUUAAUCCAUUAAGAUAAAGCAUUACAUGGUGGAGAAAAGUGGAAAUGUGUCUGCUUUGAGACUAAUUCUCCAUUUUCAGCACAGUUGUUCUGAAACAGUGAAAGAUCAGUUACUAGUUUGCUGGUGGUGUGCUGGAGUCUGUUGUCCAACUUGUCCAUGGCCCAGCAGCAACUGCUUUUCUGUAGUAUACUAAAGCUUUGCCCUUUUUCUUGAACAUCUGUGUUCUUUCAUAUUGCAAGGCAUGUGACUCUUCUGAUGCUGCCCUCUUGCACUGCCAAAGGGGUGGAGCAACGAAGGGUUAAAAAAAGCUUAUGUGCUGUUUGCCACUAAUAAUGUCUCUGUCCUGAAUGACUUUGAUGACAUGAGUAAGGAAAUACUAGCACAUAAAUUUUGGCUUAAAUUCCAUUUUCUUCUCCAGUUUGCAGUUCAGCUUUCAUAUUUGAUAGUGGAAAAUAUUCUUUUCUUUUCUUUUAGUUCCACAGGUGUCUCUAGUUAAGGAUAAGAAUGAGCAUCUCUUGCCAACCGUUCUCAGCCAUAUCUGCAGAGAUACGGGAACAGAACACUUUAGAUAUUAAUACUUUAUCUCGGUAACAAAAGAAAUUAGAGGUUUACAUUUUAUAUGUUUCCUGAUGGCCCGAGGGAAUCAUAGGACUAAAGCUUACCUUCAGAAUUCGCUUCCUCUGUGUCGAAGUAGGGUAACUUCUUCUGUCUAUGGGUAUUAUCAAUUUGUUUUAUAUACCUUGUUCAUAAAACAUGAGUGAUUUCACUUUGCCUUCUUUUUGACCCUGAAUGUAUCUCAUCUUCAGCUUACUUUAACUUUGAAAAAUCCAUCUAGUAUGCAAGCAAGAGGUCCUUUCAAUACUAAUUGGAAGUACCGUGGCAAUGUCUUCUGAGGUCACCUAGUGCUGACUUAGCAUGGCAGUAUGUAUAUAAUCUGCCUCAUUCUGCAGACCUCUGCACUUUGAGUGUGUAAGCCAAGAUGGCUUAAUGGACUGAUUGUGACUUUAGCUAUUACAGUCUUAUAGUCAUCUCUAAAACUGUACAUUUCCAAGGUGAAGGUUUUAUUUAGCUUGCCUUUCUUUUCAUAAGAAAACACAAAAACUUUAUCUUCUUUAGCUUUGCUAAGAUUGAGUUCCUACAUUGCUGUUGUAAACUUACUAUGUAAUAUGAGAGCAGUUUUCUUCUUUCUUAACCAGAAAUGGUAGAACUGCUCUCUACCAUUUACCAUCAAGACUUUGCCACUCACUUUUUAGUUAAUAAAAAUGGAAGUCCUUCAACAGAUGACUGCAACAAAAUUAUUUCUAUCUGUUAACUGUGUGCAACCUGGAUGUAAACCUGUGCACAUGUUUUCUAACAAAAUGCAUGUUCACAGAUUUGUACAGGUCACAAAGRUGUUGUGUGUUUUAAAAACUCCGUGAUGUCAUCAUGAUGAAUUGAAUUAUGUUGGAAAAUCCUACUCUUUGCAUCUGCAAAGAGAAACCGCUUCUUAAGCCUGAUAGUGCAUAUCAAGGGGGAGUAUUUUUUCUCACAGUACACUUUCCAACAGACUAUCCUUUCAAACCACCUAAGAUUGCUUUUACAACAAAAAUAUAUCACCCAAACAUAAACAGUAAUGGGAGUAUUUGUCUUGAUAUCCUGAGAUCACAAUGGUCACCAGCUCUGACUGUCUCUAAAGUUUUAUUGUCCAUAUGCUCCUUACUUUGUGAUCCUAAUCCAGAUGAUCCUUUAGUACCAGAUAUUGCACAGAUCUACAAGUCAGACAAGGAAAAAUACAACAGACAUGCAAGAGAAUGGACUCAGAAAUAUGCAAUGUAAACUUUUGAAGACAUUUUCUUAURCCACAGAGUACUGUAAAUUCUAGWUUUUUUUCAAAAUUAGAAGGAAAUGGAACACAGUUUAUGGAAYACAGGUUUCAGUGUGACACUCCUUGAAUUUUUUUUCACCCAUGUAAGUGUGUUUCUGGAGCAAGGGAAAAAAAAACUUCCAGAAAUAACCUUAUGACUGUGAUAAGAAUAUUUAUUCUCUUUAUAUGCUCAGAAGACAUUUAUUACACUUUUAAGAAUUGGACAUCUGCAUCUUCAGACUACAAGAACUAUAAUGCAGUUGUGAAGCAACCAAAUUAUUUUUGCUAGAAAAAGGAGCUGUUUUCAUGUGAUGAGUACUGUAUGUGUGUCAUUGAGRUAUGUUGUCUGUUUCUUAAGUGUGUUGAAUUUUAUUUUUGUUAAUUCACUUAUAUAAUUUGUUUUUUUUUACUGUAUAGACUAUUCUGUUUACAAUGUAAGUAAUUUGAUUUUAGACUUGGUUGUGCACAGUAUUGACAAGGUACAAUUGCUAAUAGUGAAAUUAAUUGGAGUAUCUCACCCAUUAGAAUAUUCUGAAGACUGACUGCAGAUUUCUUAAAACCUAAAAUGAUCUUUCACUGUAAAUCUUAGUAUGCUGAUUAUGGAGAAACAUUUGGUUUUGAUUCUGUUGCGUACUUGACUUAAUUUUAUUGCAAUGUGAACUAAUUGCACUGGUAUGUAGAAAGAUAUGUAACCAUUUUGUUGCUAUUCAUAACUGAUUUUUGAUGUGUGAUCAACACAGUCACAAACAUUUUACA